AUGGAGUCGGCGGAGUGGGGCUCGCGGGUGCUGCCCAGCCUCGGGCGGCUCUCACGGGGGCCGCCGUUCGGGCGGACGCAGGGGCAGUUCGGGCUCAGCCUCAGCAGCCACGGCCUCUCGCCGGCGCCGCGCUCCCUGGAAAACGCAGAUCCCCGGAGAACGGCGUUUCUACUGCACAAACAGUGGACCUUGUACAGCGUGACCCCCCUGUACAGGUUCUCCAGCGCCCAUUUGCGAGCUUAUGCCAGGCUGCUCAGCGCUUUCAUCGCUGCCGAGAAGCAGAAGGGACUGGCGGUGGAAGUAGGGGUUGAGCUGGACAUCAAAGUGGCCGUCUCCAGCCUUCCAGACCUGAGAGGUACUGACCAAGACCAGGCUGCGAUUCUAGUGCAGCUUUCUUUGAGAUCACCAAUUUCCAAAAAAAACUCAGAAGAGAAACUGGUGUGGUCGGGCUGUUUCUGCUCUGUGUUUGGAGAUGAUCUUUCUGAGAAAAUUCCACCAGACUUCACUUGUUUACCUCUGUUUCUUACUAAUGGGGCAGAGAGUUACACAUCCAUUGUUGGAAGUUGGUUUCAGAAGAAUUUUGACUGCAGCUUCCGCCGUUUAGCCAUCAGUCCUCUCAAUCUCGGUUGGAUGGCCGCUAUGUGGACUGGAUGCAAACUGGACAUAUUAACAUCUGCCAUAGAACUCGUUUUCUCUGUCCCCAGUCUGCCCCAGCCUCUGGAUAUUUCAUAUGCCAUUCAUCCAGAGGAUGCAAAAGCUCUGUGGGACACAAUCCAAAAAACUCCAGGAGAGAUCACUCAAGAAGAGGUAGAUGUUUUUAUGGACUGCCUUUACGCUCACUUCCACAGACACUUUAAGAUCCACUUGUCAGCUACAAAACUGGUGAAAGUUUCUACAGCAAUUGCCUCAGCACACUGUGAUGGGAUUAUAAAGUUUCUACAAAGUCAAUACCUAACUGGAGUGCUGAUGCUACUGACAGAACUAGCAAUCUGUCACAUACAGUGAGAGUAACUUCAGCUAAUCUUCAUGCUAAAAAGGCUUACUGUUGGAAGAUGUAUGCUGAGAAACCAACUGGAAACUCGCUUUUGCAGCAUCAUUUUUCCUUUCAUGCUGGCUGUCCAAAGCUGGACUCAACUCUGUAACGAGCUGUAAUUCAACAUUAUGCACAGCAAAAGCAAGCAGACAUGCUGCCCUCAAGAAGGGGUACAAACUAAUAGUUUAAGCACCUUUGUUUUACCAUAAUUACUCUGUUCAUUUAUGUGUUAUGAGCCAGGGGUGAGGGGAUAAACUGCAAAUUCUUAAAUGUAACUUAUUAAUAGGUAUUUCUGUUUUCACAUACCUAGGCAGCCUAAGCUGUACUGGCCUUAGCUAAACUGCAACUACUCUUGGGCCCAAAGUCAGGCACACCUGAGAAAGGGUGCAUGCUUUACAAACCAAAGCAGAGAAAUCCAGGUUUCUAAAUGCCCUUCUAGCUUGUGAAGUUGUUUAUGAACAGUAUGACUGGUUGGCAAUGGUCAUCAAGUGCUCAUCUAAGUCCUAGUUGAGCUAAGGUGAACAGCAUGAGAGUGAGAACUGCCCUGUGUGUCCAGCCUGUUGGUCCUCAGACAAGCUAAUAGGAAACGAAGGCCUGUGUGUAAGAGCACGCUGUAUUGUGCUUUGCCUAAUGUCUGUAGUCUUCUAGGCCGGAGAGCUCUUGGGGUUGGAGGUACGGGUGCUGAAAUGUUAUAUUAGAUCUGUCCCUGCUACAGGAGGUAGGAGUUCAGAGAGCCAGUGCACAGUGCGUGGCUAUAGCUUAAAUGAGCAGAAAGGAAAUAGAGUUUGUACAUGUUGAGUAUUAUGAUUUUUGUAUUACAGUACUAAAUAAAGAAAAUGUUUGCCAUCUUUUGCCAAUAA